AUGGUUGACUAUAGAAAAUGGGACAGUCUGGAACUUAGCGAUGACUCGGACAUCGAGGUUCAUCCCAAUGUUGAUAAACGGUCCUUCAUCAGAGCAAAGCAGAACCAAAUUCACGCCGAAAGAGAGCAGCGCAAACGCCAAGUCGAAGCACUCGAAUACGAGCGCAUCAUAAAUGAGACGCUCUCACAACGCCUAAUUUCUUUGAUCUCUUUAAUGAAGACCCACACGACUGGCAAACCGCCACCCGGAAGCCCGAGUGAUGCUGCCUUCAAAGCAGCUAUGCAAUUGAUGGCUAGCGACGUGAAUGAUCAACCACCUUCGCCACCGGAAGGCCUUUUCGUUGACGUGCCCAAUCCGACCUACUCCAACAUGAUAUUUCGCAUUCUGGACGAAGUAAAGCGGAAUUUAGAUGAAAGACGCAUCGAUCAGCAUCUCCAGAACGAUGCCUUUUUGGAAGAGCUUGGCGUCCAGCUGCAAAGCAUUCAAGAAGUUCAAGAGGAUAUAGCAGGUAGGCUUGACAAACUGCAAGCGGAAAAAGCGACCAAGAUCACGAGUGAAAGCUACCGCACCGGGUUUAAUAGCUCUCAUCUAAAUAAAGCAAUCGCGCAAGGAUCUCAGAAGCUACCAGCAUCACCGGAGUUGCUGAAUCCAGACUACGACCUACAUGGCCUAUCGAAUAGCAGCUCAUCGAUCGCGCUACCGGAGAAUGAAGACGGGUUACUGGCAUCGCCUGCUGCUCUGGCCUUCGCUGAGAUCCAAUCCUCAAAUUAUCGAGCUAGUCAUGCCUACAUUCUAUCUCAUCCGGAAAUUCUCGAAGAACGCGAAACUGACGGGCUCUUGAUUGAAGCCUAUAAUGCAGCGAUUGAGAACGAAGACGGCCCCAAACCACUGCAAUAUGUACAUCAGGCAAUGUUGCUUCAGUGCUGCCGUAUGCUUGGACGAGAUGGUGUCAACAUCUUCUUCAAGCGGAUGACCACACCGGGGCACCGAUCAAUCGAAUUUUUUGACAAGGAUGUCGCGGAGAAACUGCAGCGUAUUCGUGAGCUGGCCAGAGACCAACGAAAAGCGCAGAGCGAAGGGGUGGAGCAAAUUCAGAUACGAGCUGUCGACCCUGGCACGGAAAUCCAGAUUCGUGUCCCGGAACUUGGUAGUGAAGAAAGAGUCAUAUUCGAGCAGCUGGCACCCGACAUGCAAGCAGCACUAGAGAGUGGUUUGAUCGACCGGGUAAACGAAGUGCUUGGCGUCAUGGACGUGGUAGAGGCUGAGCAGGUCAUAGAUCUUCUGGGCGAGGCCAAUUGCUUGAACAUCGAGGAAGAGAUCAUCGAUGCGACAACGGAGGAAGGGAAGAGGCAUUUGAAAGAGAUUCAAGAAUCUACGGCGGCGGACACUAAAGAUGCUGGAGCUGAGAUUGAGGCAGAGGAUCUGGACGGGGUGCUGGAGAAGCACCCUGCGCAGAAGUGA